CACACAAACGUGAGCGGUUGUUGGACGCAGAAAGUUUAUUAUCGAAAAACAAUAAGUCGAACUGUAAACGAUUAAAAGUGUUGCAAAGAAUCAAGAAGCGGAUACACAGCAGUUAUGGCUGGACACAAACUAAACGACGAGAAGCGUCGCACGGUGGAUGUUGAAUUUGACGAGAGUUUGUUUUUCGAAAAAAUGUUCCUUUCGGAGUCGGUGGUCCGGGGCUUAACCCGAAACAACUUUGUCCAUCCCUCGCCCAUCCAGGCACGUGCUAUUCCACUUGGAAAGUUGGGCCUAGAUUUGUUGGUUCAGGCUAAGUCGGGAACCGGCAAAACAAUAGUAUUUGCGGUGCUGAUCGCCGAAGCACACAAUCCGGACGUUACAUUCCCACAAUCGUUGACGGUUGUUCCGACGCGUGAAAUUGCGGUACAGAUUGAGAAAGUGCUUAACAUGGUCGGGUAUUCGGUUCCUAACUUCCGAGCUAGAAGUUUUAUCGGAGGACUAGAUCUCGCCCAGGACAGAAAGAAUCUCCAGGGUUGCUCAGCGGUUGUUGGAACCCCAGGCAGAAUCAAUCAUCUCAUCCAGAGCAAUGUAUUGAACACAAGUCACAUGAACAUAUUGGUACUGGAUGAAGCCGAUUCGUUGAUUUCUGGAAACUUGAAAUCGGACGUAGAGCAGAUUGUGAAGACGCUGCCAAACAAAAGGCAAACGAUCGUUUGCAGUGCCACGUAUUACAACAAUAAAGAUCGCGAGCUGUUGCGAUAUCUGAACGACAAAUUCCUCGGUGUGACACCGAAAAAAGAAGUACCAGUAUUACAUGGGAUCUGCCAGUUUGUGCGGGAACUGCCCGAAAUGAAGGACAAUGUCAAAGAGAUGAUGGCGAAAAUUGCUGAGCUGAACCAAAUCCUAAAGAAGCUUCCGUUCAGCCAGUGUUUGCUGUUUGCCAACACACAAACCAAAGCGGAGACCUACAGUUCGUAUCUGAAUCGGGCGGGAUGGCAGACGGAACUCAUCCGAGGUGGUCAAGAGCAACGAGUGCGACUGAAGACGGUGGAGAAUUUGAAGGAGUUUCGCUGUCGAAUACUGGCGGCUACAGAUGUGAUUGCCCGUGGAAUUGAUGCCGAGAAUGUGAAUCUGGUGAUAAAUGUGGAUGUGCCGAAGGACAACUCUACGUAUCUCCACCGUAUUGGGCGAUCGGGAAGGUUCGGUACCCAAGCAAUUGCUAUUACUCUGGUGUCCUCCCAGAGGGAGCUGGAACGGUUCCGAAAAAUUCUCUACGAUAUUGGUGGCAACGAGAUGUUUGUAUAUAAGCUUCCCACCGAGGCUUUGGAUGAAAUAUGGAAAUUUGAGCUACAUGAGGACAAAUACUCUAAGCUUUAUGCGUCGAAACUGGAACAGGAGAUCCGAGAGCAAGGAGCGGAUCGUGUGUUGCUGGAAACAAUACAGGAAGUCGAUUCUAGGACUGAAUUGGAAUGCAAAUCAAAUGAGACUCUCGAGAAUGGCUUGAAGGAACCUAAAAAGCAAGUGCAGGCAAUUAUGGUGGAAGACAAUAUUGAUCAAUUACGCAUGGAAAAACAGAGUUCAAGCGAAACUCUCAACGAAGUAGAAGAGGAAGUAAUUCAGAGAAUAAUUCCACUUCGUUGUUCACAUGAAAAUUUGAUCGAUGCUGAUAAGAGUGAGAACGAAGAAAUGCUACAGCCGCGGCAAAUAACCAGUGAGGGAGAGCAAACCAGGGAAGAAGAUGCGAAUAUACAAGAUAAUGUUCCGGAAAAGUCUUCGAUAGACGCGGAUGAUAUCGUAAUUGAACGUUCUCAACUCGAAGACGAUGAGUCGUCGUCCGUAACGCAGGAAUCCACCCAAGAGUCAAUUUCAGCUGUCGACCGAAUGUUUGCAAUGGCAAUCCAAAAAUUGAAUCUUGGAGACAAUGAUCAGCCAGAGGGCGUCGAGUUAGAGGAUGUAGAGUGUGGCGAAGAGGCUGACACAGAAAUCGAUCAAAUGUUCAUGAACGCAAUGAGUAAACUUAAGUUUGAAGAUUCCGCUGCGGCGGAACAAAUUUCCGCAGAAUUCGAUCAUUUGAAAAACUCGACAUCUUGCAAAUCAAAUGAGAGCGAUCAGUCCUCAAAAAAUAACGAUGAUGCCGUCGACAAAAUGUUCCUGGACGCUAUGAAGAAACAAGAUUGUGAAAUUUCCUCAAUCGGGGAAUACUCUGAAGAAACCGGCGCUCAUGGGGAGGCGUCCUAUUUCGAUAAUCCACAGGUCUCGCAACGAGUUAUGGCAUCACCGGAGCUCAGCUGCACUACACCGGAAUCUUGCUACACCACGGAUAGCUCCUUCAGUUCGGACGCCACAAAGAAGGUUGAAGUUGGUUCCAAUUUCACCACUCCUAACUCCCGGGUGCUGGAGAUUCGACACGCCGCUCCGACUCACCAAAUAAGCUCAUCCACUUCCGACGACGCAUCGGAAGCUAGCCAAACAUCGGAUGCGGCGGUACCGGCAGAGCAAAGCUGCCUCCAGAUGGAGGUUAACAAUGAUGCUCUCUUCGCCAAAAUUAUGGAACAGAAAGAGCUUGACGCGGGCCAGCUGCAGCGACCGUUCCAAUUCUCCAUCGACGGGUGCAGCUUGGAGGUACACGAUGACGCGGUAAGCGAUCGUGAUUCUCGCAAGGAAUCGGUACCCGAUGUGGUGCCCGGUUCUAGCAGUCGAGAAACAGUGCGACUACUCAACCGUCCCUCGUCUGGCGAUGAGGAGACUGCCGGUUUCGAUCUGAAUUCCAACACAUGCGGAUCCAAUCACGGUUCGGUCUUCGAUCAGGAGGAAGAGGAAGCUGUGGUAGCGGAGGAAAAUCGUCCCAAGAGAAUCCGUUUCGAGCAGGACGAUCUCUCGGUAGAACCGGCACCGAACGCAGCUGGAAUGAACGAUGGGGAACGUAAUCAGCAGGGCGGUGAACAGCCAGAACCGGACUCCCUAGGACAUCCCCCGAAAUCGGAUGCGAUUGUCGCAUCCGAAGAUGCCGAAGAUGCGAGUUCCUACUCGUCGGAGUACGAUAGCGAAUCCACCAACUCAUAUUUCUUCGAUCAGCGCGAGUGGGAAUCGGAGACAUCGAAAGAUAAAAAAGGACGCCAAACGCGCCCCCAAACACAGCAGACGGCUGCAAGUAAGACUGAUAGCGGUAGAUCCAGGGAUCGCAAACGAUCGAAGGAUGCUACUAAUCUAUACCAUAGAACCUACGGAAGCUGGACCACGCAGUAUUGGAACCAGAUGACGAUGAUCCGUGAUUAUGCCCGUUUCGCGCUCUACUCACGUACUGAAGCGCGAGAGAAUUAAGCUUCGAUGCUCCUACCUUACACAAGCUUCUAAUCUGGAUUACAAUGAACCUGUCUUGAGGAUAGAGUUCGAUGAUAGCUGUUUGAAACGGAAACAUGUGAUGUUAUUUUGUAGAUUGAAUUCGCCAGGCUGGCUUUUUCCGUUACAUUGUUACAAUUGAAUUACCUUAAAUCCCAAAAAAUGAACUAUAAUAAUGGAAAGAGACGGUAAUAAACGUUCGAAACGGUUUCA